CUCCGUAUAGAGUGAGGCUGGUGACAAAUUUCCCCUAAAUCAACGCGGGUCGGGUCCAGAAUAUCCUCGGUAUCGUUCCCACAAUAUACCCUGUGCGGUGGACGGCGAGGAGUUCUGCUCCUCUCGUAAGAUUCGAUUGAUGGGAACUGAGCGGAAGAGGAAGGUGAGUUUGUUCGACGUGGUGGACGACGGCUCGACGAAGGCGGCGAAGCUCAACGGUCUAGGUUCUCCCAUGCUUCCGGGAAUCGUCUCCCUGUCUUCCUCUGUCAAUAAGUGGACUGGUAAGCCCUACUCCCAGAGGUACCUUGAGAUCUUGGAGAAGAGGAAGACUCUUCCUGUUUGGCACCAGAAAGAUGAGUUCUUGCAAACUUUGAAAGACAAUCAAACCCUCAUCUUGGUCGGUGAAACCGGCAGUGGUAAAACCACUCAGAUACCCCAGUUUGUCCUUGAUGCCAUUGAGGUGGAAACCCCUGAUAAACGUAGGAAGUAUAUGGUUGGGUGCACUCAGCCACGGAGGGUUGCUGCUAUGUCUGUUUCUCGUCGAGUUGCUGAAGAGAUGGAUGUGACUAUUGGAGAGGAAGUGGGUUAUAGCAUUCGUUUUGAAGAUUGCAGUAGUGCUCGUACAGUUUUGAAGUAUUUGACAGAUGGUAUGCUCCUAAGAGAAGCCAUGACAGACCCUCUUCUGGAAAGAUACAAGGUUAUCAUUCUUGAUGAGGCUCAUGAAAGGACACUGGCAACUGAUGUUCUAUUUGGGCUUCUUAAGGAGGUCUUGAAAAACAGACCGGACCUCAAGCUAGUUGUUAUGAGUGCAACUCUUGAGGCUGAAAAAUUUCAGGGUUAUUUUUACGGUGCACCUCUCAUGAAAGUUCCUGGUCGGUUACAUCCUGUGGAAAUCUUUUACACGCAGGAGCCCGAGAGGGAUUACCUUGAAGCAGCAAUUCGAACUGUGGUGCAGAUUCAUAUGUGCGAACCUCCUGGUGACAUCCUUGUUUUUCUAACUGGAGAGGAAGAGAUUGAGGACGCAUGUAGGAAGAUUACAAAAGAAAUUAACAAUUUGGGAGAUCAAGUGGGCCCAAUUAAAGCGGUUCCUCUUUAUUCAACACUCCCUCCCACAAUGCAACAGAAGAUUUUUGAACCUGCUCCCCCGCCACUUGUGGCAGGUGGUCCUCCUGGAAGGAAGGUGGUUGUAUCUACAAAUAUUGCAGAGACGUCAUUGACUAUAGAUGGUAUAGUAUAUGUUAUAGAUCCAGGGUUUGCAAAGCAAAAAGUUUACAACCCCAGAGUCCGUGUUGAAUCUCUGCUGGUCUCUCCUAUUUCAAAAGCAAGUGCUCACCAAAGAUCUGGACGUGCUGGAAGAACACAGCCGGGAAAAUGUUAUAGACUUUAUACAGAAAAGAGCUUUCAGAAUGAUCUUCAACCACAGACAUAUCCUGAAAUUCUCCGAUCAAACCUUUCUAAUACUGUUUUAACUUUAAAGAAACUAGGGAUUGAUGACCUGGUCCAUUUUGAUUUUAUGGAUCCACCUGCACCAGAAACAUUGAUGAGAGCUUUGGAGGUUUUGAAUUACCUUGGGGCUUUGGAUGAUGAAGGAAACCUGACAAAAUUGGGCGAAAUCAUGAGUGAGUUACCCCUAGAUCCUCAAAUGGCAAAAAUGCUCGUUGUAAGCCCUGAAUUCAACUGCUCCAAUGAGAUUCUCUCUGUAUCUGCCAUGCUAUCAGAUAGUUGCAGUUUCUCAGUAUUCUCUCAUGAAGCAAAUGGUAUCGUCUGGCCUCUAUGCAUCUGCUGACCACACAGUGGACCCUCCUCUGUGAUAACCACUUUUUUCUAUAGUACCCAACUGCUUUAUCCGGCCUAGGGAGGCUCAAAAAGCUGCGGACGAAGCGAAGGGUCGUUUUAGUCACAUUGAUGGAGAUCACCUCACGCUGCUGAAUGUAUACCAUGCCUACAAGCAAAAUCAGGAGGAUCAACAGUGGUGCUAUGAGAAUUUCAUCAAUCAUAGGGCUCUCAAGUCUGCAGACAAUGUAAGGCAGCAACUAGCACGCAUUAUGGCUAGAUUCAACCUCAAGCUAUGUAGCACCGACUUCAACAGCCGUGACUACUACAUCAACAUAAGAAAGGCCAUGUUGGCCGGCUAUUUCAUGCAGGUGGCGCAUAUGGAACGCACCGGUCACUAUUUGACAGUGAAGGACAAUCAAGAGGUUCACCUACACCCUUCAAACUGCCUGGAUCAUAAGCCAGAAUGGGUUAUAUACAAUGAAUAUGUGUUAACGAGCAGGAAAUUCAUACGCACAGUGACUGAUAUCAGAGGAGAAUGGUUGAUUGACAUUGCACCGCAUUAUUACGAUAUCACAAAUUUCCCACAGUGCGAAGCGAAGCAUGUUCUUGACAGACUGUACAAGAAGAAGGAGAGGGAAAGAGGAGAUCAGCAGAACAAGAAAAAGAAGUGAAAAAGGGGCCUUGUCCGGCGUGUCUUGGGAUUCAAUACAUUGGGUCUCUCCCUCCCUCCCUCUUAGAUGAUGGGAUGGAUUCAUUGAUGUUUUCUUUGAGAAGAUGAGAUGACUGAUCUUUUGUACUAUUCAGAUUCAGGAAUAUAGGUUCGUUUUAGUCUCUUUUGCCAUGACUUCAUUUCCCCUUUCUUGCACGGAUUUGUUCUGUUAUCUCGAGUAUACUAGAGCCUCGUUUAGAAAUGCUGUUUUCAAUUAAUGUUUAAGGUUAUUAUUUAAUACUUUAUGUGUUUUGGUGUAUUUGUCUAAUUUCAUUUUUUUGAGACAAAUUGGAUAAAGCAUCAAUUACUCAGUUUGUGUUGCAUAUUAGUAUAUUGAAAUAACAUUUUAAAAGUUUUCCAACAGAUGAAUCAUAAAUAUAAUAAACGGCAAGGAUUUUU